AUGGCCUCUUCCGCCCUUCGCCAUAAGCUUCUCUCAAGGCCAACAGCGACCAUGUCUUCCUCACCACAGCAGCGCCUCCACUCGCUACAACGACACCUCUCCGUCUCGACGAAACGACCACAAGAGAUUCAAGAUGCAUACAUCCUCUCAGCUGUGCGAACACCCUGUGCGAUCUUCAAUGGAUCCUUCAGUAGUGUAUCGGCGCCUGAGCUUGGUGCCACUGCCAUCAAGGAAGCCAUCAAGAGGUCCUCCCUACCGCAAGAGAAGAUCACAUCUGUGUAUAUGGGCAACGUGAUGCAAGCAUCCGUAGGCCAAGCACCCGCAAGACAAGCUUCCAUAUUCGCUGGACUGUCUCCCAGUGUGGAGGCGACGACAAUAAACAAAGUGUGCGCAUCGGGGAUGAAAGCUGUAGCAAUCGCUGCCCAGCAAAUCGAGUUGGGACAGGAGGAGGCAUUAGUAGCGGGUGGAAUGGAAAACAUGAGCAGAGUCCCGUACUAUACACCUCGAGGACCGCAACUGCCUGCCUUUGGGAACUUGCAGAUGGAAGAUGGCUUGAUCAAGGACGGACUGUGGGACGUGUACAAUCAAAUACAUAUGGGCAACUGCGCCGAGAGCACGGCAAAGAAGUAUAAUAUCAGUCGAGAAGAGCAGGAUGAGUAUGCGAUCCUGUCAUUCAAGAGGGCACAAGAAGCCUGGAAGAACAAGCUCUUUGACGAGGAGAUUGUGCCAGUGACCAUCAAGGGCAAGAAGGGCGAGACCGUCGUCGCCGAGGAUGAAGGCUACGGGCGUCUCAAGUUGGAGAAAGUGCCCACGUUGAAGCCUGCUUUCGAUAGAAGCGGCAAUGGAACGGUGACGGCCGCCAACAGCUCGAGUAUGAACGAUGGUGCCAGUGCCUUGGUCGUGACGAACAAGGAGCUAGCGAAGAAAUACGGUGGUGGUAAGAGAAUCCUCGCGAGGAUCUGCUCGUACGCAGAUGCUGCUGUGGACCCGAUCGACUUCCCUAUUGCCCCGGCGAAGGUCGUCCCGAUCGCGUUGGAGAGGGCAGGUAUCACCGCCGACCAGGUGAAGAUAUGGGAAUUCAACGAGGCGUUCGCAGCUGUCAUCAAGGCGAAUGCGAAGGUAAGUUUUCCCAACCCCGUUCUGGAAUGAUGGCGCUAACAGAGAACUAGAUUCUGGGCCUGGGAACCGACAAUGUCAACCCUCGCGGAGGUGCCAUCUCUUUAGGACACGCUCUUGGUAGUUCAGGAUCAAGAAUUCUUGUGACGCUGCUCCACCAGCUCAAGAAGGGCGAAUAUGGCUGCGCGGCGAUCUGCAAUGGAGGUGGAGCCGCGAGCGGCAUGGUCGUGCAGCUCGUAGAUGCUGAUGAACUAUGA